AUGUCAGAAAACGAACAACAACCAACAGUGACGACAAGAGAAGAGCUACUUCAACGUCAUAAAAAGGAAUCCAAGGAUUUAAUAGCAACAAUAACUGGAUUGAAAAAGCAAGCUACCAAGAAAACCCGAAAAAGCGUUCUUAACAAAUGUCAAGAACUACAAGAUAACUUGGACCAGAAACAUAAACAAGAAUUGAAAGAGUUCGACAACCCAAAUGGUGGUCAAGACGAAGAAGAAGAAGUAACGCCUGAACAAUUGCUUGCACAAUUGUCUCUUGAAAAGGAAUCACCAGCCGCAGAGAUAAGUAAUACUGAGAGUCUAGAAGAGGGAAUAAAUAGUGGUAGUGGUGGUAAUGCUGGCGACAGCAUAAAACCACGAAAGAAAAGAAAUAGACAACGAGAAAGAUUGAAUAGACGACAGGCAGAAAUUGACAAAAUCAAACAAGAAGCCGCUAUAGAAGCAUCUAACACUGUUGAUUAUCGACAGAUUGAAAUUGAAUCAAUGGACAAAUUAUUAUCCUUGAAUAACUUACAAUCAUUUGAAAUAAAACCCGAUGGUCAUUGUUUAUUUGCUUCGAUUCAAGAUCAAUUGAAAGUUCGUCAUCAAGAUGUUGAACACCUAGACCACAAUGGUCCUGAAGAUGUUCCUCUGAUCGAUCAAUUGAGAAAAUUAGCUGGUGAUUAUAUCAAAUCUAAUCAAGAAGAUUUUAUCCCAUUUUUAAUUGAUGAAAAUACUGGUGAAUUGAGGGAUCUCGAUGACUAUAUCAAUGAAUUAACAACUACAGCAAUGUGGGGGUCCGAUAUGGAAAUCUUGGCUCUAAGUAAAGUUUUCAAUUGUCCAAUAAGUAUCUAUAUGGCUGGAGCAUCGACUUUAACCAUCAAUGAGCACGGUCAAUUGCCAGAAUUGAAAUUAGGGUAUUAUAAACAUUCAUUUGGUUUAGGUGAACAUUACAAUUCCUUAAGAGAUCUAUAG